AUGUCUUUGAAGAUCUUGGCCCUGAUUGCGUUUAUCUGCAUAGAGACCAUCAUGAAGUGCUCCCCGUGUGAAGGCCUCUACUUUUUUGAGUUUGUGAGCUGCAGUGCGUUUGUGGUGACUGGAGUCUUGCUGAUUAUGUUUGGUCUCAACCUGCACAUGAGGAUCCCCCAGAUCAACUGGAACCUGACAGAUUUGGUCAACACUGGACUCAGCACUUUCUUUUUCUUUAUUGCUUCAAUCGUACUGGCUGCUUUAAACCACAGAACCGGAGCAGAAAUAUCUGCCGUGAUAUUUGGCUUCUUGGCAACUGCGGCAUAUGGAGUGAACACAUUCCUGGCAGUGCAGAAAUGGAGAGUCAGCGUCCGCCAGCAGAGCACCAAUGACUACAUCCGAGCCCGCACGGAGUCCAGGGACGUGGACAGUCGCCCCGAGAUCCAGCGCCUGGACACGUGAGGACCUGCCUGGACCCUCCUCCCUCCCAUCCUUGUGCCUGUCUCUCAGUCAAGUUUUCUUUCCCUCAUCGUGUCAGAUUUCCAUGUGAUUCUGUUGAAUUUUGUCCUCUUUGGUAAAAGUUCAUUUUGGGAAAGGGUUUCCUGAAUGGCCCAGUGAGCAGUUCCGUGGUGGAGUCAGGAGGCCACGUUCCCUAGUGUUUGGGGCUGUGGGAGCAGCCGGCGUCACUGCCCAGGUCCACUUGAGGUCUUACCUGCCCCAAAGCACAGGCUUUCCUUUGACUCUGAGCCACCCUGUAGUGUAUUUGUAACAAGACUUUGGAUUAAAUGGGGCUGCUAAGGGGGGAAAUGUGAAGGAAUGAAGGGACAGCAUUGGAACGGUCAGUCGGCAGCUGUUCUCAGGCAGCCUUAGGCAUCACCUGCUCCAAGUCAGUGUUGAGUCUGGCUGCCGGGAUCCACCCCACUCCUAGUCUUCCAUGCUGGGGCCCCCAGGCAGCCAGCACUAGCCCAAAAGCCACAGGACUGGGGAAAACUGAUGUCCUGUUAGGAUGGCUUCCAGGGACCUCUGACUCAUUGGAGGGUGACCUUUUGUUUCCUACUCUGCUGAGAAAUCACUUGAUUCUUCCUCAAAUGAAUCACUUUCCCAAACCCCAGAUUCUUCAGGAAUUUGGGGACCAUCUUGUUUUCCAGUUUCCUUCCUACCCUAAAUAUUUUGAAGCUGAAAUGCAGAUUUUCAGUAAUUUUACCUGCUCUGGUAAAAGCCAUGAACAAAAUAAGCCUAUUCCAGCAGCCAAAGCAAUUGCCCAUUUGCUGGCUUCAUGGACUGCAGGUGGGAGGUAUACGUUUGUGUUAAAAAACAGCAUGCAUGCACGCACACACACAAACACACACACACCCUCACACACCCUCUAUUUUAGGGAUGUGUACUAAUUUUCUAAAUACCUGCAAAGAGUUCUAAAGUGAUUCUGAGAUUUGUCUAGGAUUUGAAAAUACUUGAAUUUGCAUCAGAACACACUCUUCCACCCAUGUUUCAGAAGGCACUAAUUGUCACUCUGGGCACCUCAGUGUUGUAAGUACAGACAUCAUUCCUGGGAGUUGUUGUGGGGAAAAUCCUAGCUACUUAAGGUUUCUGAUUGAUUCUUGAUAAAGUGAAGAUUAUUGUGAGAGGUGGAUGAGCUCAGUGAGUCCCCAUGAUGCUGUAGUUUUUUUAAAAAAAUUAGAGAUUAAUUAUAUCUUUUAUGGAAAAAUUGUUUUAGUUUGUCAGGUUUUCACUCUUUGAACUGUUGUUAAUGUUUACAAACCUCACUCUAGCUCUAACAUUUUGUGUUUAGCCCUCACCAUAAAAAAACACUGGCAGGAAGAUUUUGCAGUAACGUGGAGAAAUCCCCAAGACCAAGUGCUGACAAAUGUUAACAGCUUUAGCAGUGUAUAACUCCGAGGGGACAGUGGGGGGGGGGGGUUCUGUGUGAGAAAGCGUCCCCUUAUGCACAUGUGGCGUCUCAUUCCCCAGAAAAGGACAGCGUCUGAUCUCACAGUGUUGAUCAGGCAACGCUGCUGGGCUGGGGGUCAGAGAUGGGGUUAGUUCCCUGCACCAACACCUUCAGUACGAUCUGAGUUCAGAGCAGUGGCCCAGGCUAUGUGACUGAGCACCAUGUCUGCCUCGGGCUGACCCUGCUACCCUGUUGGCAACUUACCUCCCCUCUGUUCCCACAGCCUGAGUGUGCUGCCUGGUGGGUCUGUUGAGUGUGUUUGCAAAGUCAAAAUUGGGCUUAUCUCCCUUUGAGAGUUCCUUUUAAAAUAGGGCCACAGACUCAGCCUUGCAUUAAAUGGGGCCCACUUGGAAGGACCACCCUGAGCUUUAUCAGAAAUCUCCUGCUGGGAAUCAUGUUACUUGGCCUCCAGAAAAGGCCGCCUUUGAAGUGAGAUUGAAAACAAAGGUACCAUUCAGGCGGGCUUGUUGACCAAGUUUUCCUAAGUCACUUCAGUAAGACCACUUGAUCAUAUGGUGAAAGCAGGGACAGGUGGUCAGCCUCCUGAGGAUGUGUUGUCAGCUGCAAGAAACAGUUUUGAAGUCAUUGAAACUAAAGGCAGAGGAAUGACCAAAAAGGAUGAAACGCCACAGAGUGACUUAGGACUUAAUUUGCAUCUUUGUGGUAGAUUCUUCAGAAUUAUUUAUGUCCCUGUAAUAUGUAAUAUCCUUUGUGCCAUGAGUCUCCCCUUUGGUUUUGUAAAUGUUCUCCUUGUAUUUAAUUAGGAACUGGAAGUGGCACCAUGGACACUUUCUAGUUGAUGGAAUGUGUGGUCACACCUCUCAUCAUGUAUAGAUCACGAAGUGAUGAGAGCUCUGGAGGGAAUAGGGUUUUCUUCAGUGAAUGGGAAGAUACCUGUAUUUUUCUUACAUUGCCUCUGUAUGCAAACAGAAGACAGUCUAUAUCUGGGGGCCUUAAAAUGACCUCUUGGCAAAUUGAAGGAAGCAUUUUUACAUUUAAUAGUUUCAGUAUGGACCAAUAUCAGUUCGGUUUGGGCAUUUGAAAGCUGAGUGACCUUAGUUUUUUCUCCGUGUUCUGGUGGGAUGGUAUUUGUUUUCACAUUUCAAGCAAAACUUGAAGAAACUGCAGUUGCCAUGUGCAUUUGGAUUUGUUCCUGGAGACUAUAGCUGAAACCCUCAAGCAUUUGGUGGAACCUCUGGUGGUUUUAGAUGGAUGCAAACACUGACAUUCUCAGAGAAAGUUUAUUUUGGCACUGAUUGGGUGGAGUUCCUAUUUUUUCCCUCUGAUUCUCUUUGAUAUCCUUCCUUCACACUGCUGAGGGAAUGGGAGGAAAAUACGUUUGGAGCCUUAAAGAGGGAUUACAGUCAUGAAAGGCUGAAGAUACUUGUUGACCGCACAUAAAGCUGGGAAGAACAGACGCAGUUACAGAUUAAAAUCUCAUCAGAGAAGUUUGAUUUGAAGUAAACAGCCAUCCAAAGGAGGUGAAAAAGCAAGAGUGUGGCGGCUUGCAUAGCCCUGAUACGUAUCUUCCUUGGCAACGUGAGCUGAAGCCAGCAUUGGCAGGGCUGGCCCAGCUCUGAGGGCUUGGCUCUGGGAAGCUGGCGGCACCCCCAGCCCUUCAGGCCCUGUGACUGUCCCCUGGCUAGAAGGCUCAUGCCUUCAGUCAAUCAUGGAAUGUGUCUGACCUCCACCCUAUGUCGGGUGCUUCUGGGAGAGCUUUGUGACUUGGUUGAAAACCUUCUUGCUCUCUUCAAGUUUGCAGUUUGAUCUGUGGCUCUUGGAAGCUGUCCUAGUGAGUCAGCCAUGGGUUAAGACUGAGGAGACCAAGUACCAACACCUUUGUGCACCCAUGUAUGUGAAUUCUUGCUUGGAGUGAAUGAGCCCUGAGCAACCCUUAUGUGUGUCAUGUCCUGCGUGUGGCCCAGGCUUACCUUUUCUUGAAGAUUCACAUGAGAAAUCCCUCACCUAUCCAUGUGCUCUAAGAGGGAGACCAAGGUCUAAUCCCUUUCUGUGCCAGAGUUUCUGUGGAUUGGUCUUAGCACCUAGGAGAUGAAUAGAGCGUGGAGACACGUGACCAAUUUAGUAAUUCUGCAAGGCAGUAUGAUGAUUGAAGGGUUCCUAUUGUCUCAUCUGUGUUCAAAACAAAGCAGUCAUGAAGUCAUUGUGCCACUGCCUGACUGUCAUCUUCUCCAGAUCUUGUUUAUAGAGAAAUAAUGACAUUAAACAGGUAUCAGGAAGGGGAAAAAGGUUUCUAGGCUAAGAACUGCUGAUAGAUUCUCUUGAGCAGAAUAACAAGUUGCUUCCUGCUCCAGGGACUGCCAUUAGCUUGUGAGGUCUCUAGGUGCCUUGUUAGUUCCUAGUGAAGCUGCAGAAUCCAGAGUGUUUUCCAGGUCUGUCAUAUUUUAUCAGCACCCAUGCCCAGGCCCAACAGCUUGGUUGGCUGGUGAGGUCCACACACGGCCAGGUCUGGGAUAUGAGAGGAGGGAGGAAGUGUUGGCCUGGAACACCCCUGCUGUCUGCCAUUAGCACUAGACAGCUCAGGCUAUCUUGGAAACAGGUACUUGCUUAACUGCCUUCCUGUCCUCUUGUCUUUGAAAAUCUGUCUCGUGUUCCACAGUCAGCUUGAGGGCAAGAGUGGGAUGCUGGGGACAGGUCUUCCCCGUGCUGUGGGUGAGCUCCUGGCAUCUGGCUCAGGAAUGUGUGGGUCCAGAGUUGGCUUGGCUGCCCUCUCAGGCAGGACGCAGGCCUGAUACCCUGAGCCUUCAGCUUUGUAAACUUCCCUGGAGUUUUAUAGAAUCUUGUGUUUCUUUGAUUCUCAGCAGAUAUCAUUCAAAUCACAAGAACUGUCUGGUUGAGAAAGUAAUUUAAAAUAUUUGACCUUUUAUGUUUCUUUUAUUUAGAAACUGAGAGAAAAUACCUUCAGUAUCUGCUAGGUCUAGAAGAAUUUUCUUCUUAAGGUGAAUGUUCUGUUGAUCUCUUCUUCCUGCAAGUGAGUAGCAUUUGUACACUCUUCAGCUUGAAGCGGAGGAGUGGGUCCUAUUAAAUUUUUCCUUCUUUUGUCUGGAAUAUAUUCUUUUUCCAUUUGGAUACAGUUUUUCAACCUUUGAGAUUUUUUUUUUUUUUCCUUUCUAGUUUUUCCUACUCCACAAACAUAACAGUAAGGAAAAAAUCACCCACAAGCCCGCUGAGUCUGAAUCACUGGCAACUUGCCUAGAAAAGUUUAGAUGAUGGGUCCUUGAAUGGUGUAUCUGUUUCAUAGGGUAAGUUUGUUGUCUUUGUUUUUUUUUAUGCUGAGGCUUUAAUUUAGGUGACUUGCUAUCUAGACACCCUGGAGUGGCAUGUUUUCUUUGGGAUGCAUAAUUCAAAAAGGCCAGGGAGCCUUUGGCUUGGACCCCUGGGAAUUAUUAGAACUUUAAAGUUCGAGUUUAGGAGUAAGAAUGUAUCUCAGACCACCUUAGUCAGCUUUGCUGAUGGGAUUUAGGGCCAGGCCAGAGUUUCUUUAAAUAACUGUGUCUGAAAAGAGAGAUGGUGUGAAACAAGAUUCUGAUAAUGGUUUGUGUGAGAUUUGGUCAUAGUCUAAAACUGUCACGCCUGAGUUGCCUUAGGAUGAUAGUGCUGACACCCAGUGGGAAGUACCCCAUUUUUGUCAGGAAAGUGAAGGGAUGGUGAGGAGACGAGGGAGACCUAGUGCCCCCUGCACCAAGGGGAGGCCUGACUCACGCUGCUUCCUGCCACAGGCCCUGCUUUGCUUGCCUGCUAUUUCCAGAAUCAAUUUUGCAAGUUUCAAGACUCUGUUCCCCUCUUUGCAGAAUUGAGGAAGGCAAAUACUCAGGGUUUGAAGGGAGAUCUGGCUGGCCCGAGGGCUAGUGGAGGCAAGGGCAGGAUGCCUGGGAUGGACUCGUAGGCUGACCUAGACCCAGAGGGGCCGCUUGCUCUCAACUCUUUCACUCUGUAACCCAUUUAAAAAUGAGUUUUUGAAUCUUGCCUCAAAUUGACCUCCUUGGAUAAAAUCAGUGCUUUUCCUAAUUGAUUUUGUUUGACGUGGUUCCCUCUAAGAGAAUGCUAAGAAUUGAAACUAUUUGUAUAUGUUGAAAUUUGUAGAGGUUCAGGAAUCCAUGGCAGAAACACUAAACUAUUUAUUUACAAGUAUGACUAUUUUUUUUGCAAAGUAGGCAAUUCUGUCUUUGUAUAUUUUAAGGCAAAUAAUCACUUCACCUCUGGUGCCUUCCAUGCGUUGCAUAAGCACUCUUGUCAAUCAUGGAAUUGGAAAAAGAUGUACAUUUAGUUAACCAGAUAACACUAUUUUUGUAGCAUGAUUUUAGAUUGUGUCCUUUUAAUAUUGUUUUCAACAAUGGUAGUUUUGAGGUUUUGGCCAUUUUCUCUUUACACUUUGUAUGUAUUUUAAAGAAGAAAAAAACAAAAAAAAAAAUUCCCUGGCUAUUCCUCUUUCCUCUCUGCUGCUGCUUCUCCCACAUCUUGUUCCUGCUUAUUUAAAUAGUUUGAGAGUAAGAGUAUAUUUCUGUGAAAUAAUUAUAAGUCAGUAUCAUAGCAUUUGGCAUUUUUUAACCACUUACUCAGUCUGGAGCCACUGCUCCCCUCAAACAGUGCAAAGAAAGUGGUUCCAUAUUUUACAAAUGAAAGAGUGGCAUCGGAGCCCUGACCUCCUUGUCUUUGGGUAUAAAAUGGUGAGAAGCUGGUGACCAGCUCCUUCCCCUGUGGUUUGAGCUGGUUAACUGAGCCCAAGCAUAUUCUCUGGCCCAGGCCCCUUCCAGGAUCAGCGUGGGUAUCCUGCGAGGCGCCACCUUCCUGCCCCUGUGGAGUGGGAAGCUUCCAGGGGCCCCAGCCGGCUCCCGGGCUCUCACCUUCCACUCUGAUCUCAGAUUGGUUUGUUGUGGACUCUGGCUAGACUUGGUGGCCCUUGCUGGGUUUCAGGCCUGAAAAGAACAGGCUGUUUGCUGUGAGGAGCUGGAUGACACUAAGACACAGACACAUACUCUUUAGUGGCCCUUUUGACUUUCCUUCCUGCAGGACGUGAGUUCUGUCUGGUUUCCAAAACCCUUGAGUAAACUAGCUGAGCCAUUGCAAAUGAAGGUACAGAUGAAUUGAAACAUAAAAUCAUAGCUUUUGAAGUGUCUUUCUAAAGGGUCAGAAUAUGUAAUUAUUUGAUAAGAAAGGAUGUCAAGUCAGACAGCUAAGUAGUAACUUUCCAAUAUGAUUUAUCCGUGGUACUUCACCUGGUGGCACUUUUGGGGGGCAGUGUUAACAAUCGCAUUUUACUUGUUAAAUCUCUCUCAUUUUGGCUGUUUCAAGACACAACUGUGGGCUUUCUGAGGUGAUGCCCAUUGAGCAAACUUUGGUUUAUGUGUUUGGUUUUCCAGCUAACGCUGAAGCCCUGGGUGGGCGCCCCCAGCUCACGGGCUCUUGGGUUCAAGUCUGUAUGUCUGGAGUGGGUUGGGACCCCAAAGCUUUGCUGCUAUUGAUUUGUCCCCGACAGCAGACAAAGCCUCACAUUGCCCUCACUUUCCCCCCUUUCUUUUGAAGGACCAAUUUUUCAUGGUACUUGUCUUGAUCGUUUUCAUAGUGUUCAAAUCUGUAUUUUUGUAUGUAGAAGGAAAUAAUUUUCUCAACACUAAUCGUUAAUAACUAUUGUAUUAAAUUGUCAUGAAGGAACUCUUGUUUAAUAAAUGGACGUGUAAGGA